AUGGCAUCUAAAAUGAAGGACCGGAAGAGAACUCCCAUAUCCCACAAAGUCAUCGAGAAACGAAGACGGGACCGUAUUAACCGCUGCUUGAACGAGCUAGGGAAAACAGUCCCCAUGGCGCUUGCUAAACAGAACUCUGGAAAACUGGAAAAGGCUGAAAUCCUGGAAAUGACGGUCCAGUACCUCCGAGCGUUACACUCGGCAGAUUUCCCCCGGGGGAGAGAAAAAGGCGAGCUGCUGGCCGAGUUCGCAAAUUACUUCCACUACGGAUACCACGAGUGUAUGAAGAACCUCGUGCACUACCUCACGACCGAGGACCGAGCUGAAACCAAAGACAUCAAGUACGCACGGAUCCUGGCUUUUUUACAGUCCAAGUCCCGAGUAGUCACCGAGCCGGUCUUCGGUUCCGUUGGCCCGCUACCGGAACCGGCGGACUACCUGGGCCAGCUGCACUCGUCCCCGGAGCACCAAAGUCCCAGUCCCGCCGACUCCGUCUACCAGCAGAGUCCCGCGGCGCAUUUCUCUUGGCACACUUCCGCUCGCAGCCCCGCCAUCACGUAUCCGCCGACGGUGCCGCUCAGCGCGCCCGCGCAGCAGCACGGCGGGUACCUGUCACCUGUGCAGGGACUCGACCACCACUACUUCAACUUCAUCGGUCACACGCACGCGAACGCGUUCAGUCUGCACAGUGCGCAACACGCCAUGUAAAAUAAGCCCGCCGCGUCUUGUCGUCUUUAUUUAUAUAUGUAUAUAUGUAUCGUGUGCUGUAAAUAGAUAUGCUGAAUGUGAACGGAAUAAACG